CAGACAUGCACUCUGGGGUAGAGAAUCAUAUCACCAGAACCAGGACAGGGAGGCCAGCAGAGGUUCCAGCGGAGGGAGCGUCCAGGCCCCGUACUUCUCUCCUUGGGAGCCGGCAGGGUCGCCCAGCAUGCCCACUGGCAAGAGAGGGGACUGACCCACUUGCUUCCCUCAGCUUCUAAAGCUCCAAAGUCCAGAGGUGUUGAGAGCCAGGUCCAAGACACGUGCUGCUCACCAGGAUGGACAAAUUGCCAACAAUGUGGUGCAUUGUUCUGUUUUCUGUUUUGCCAUGGGUUUAUGCUGAGCCUACUAUGUAUGGGGAGAUACUGUCUCCUAACUAUCCUCAGGCAUACCCCAAUGAGGUAGAGAAAACUUGGGAUAUAGAAGUUCCUGAAGGGUACGGGAUCCAUCUCUACUUCACCCAUCUGGACAUAGAGCUGUCAGAGAACUGCGACUAUGACUCGGUGCAGAUAAUAUCAGGAGGCAUUGAAGAAGGGAAAAUCUGCGGACAGAAGACCAGCAAGAAUCCCAACUCCCCAAUCGUGGAAGAGUUCCAAGUCCCAUCUAAUCAACUGCAGGUGAUCUUUAGGUCAGACUUCUCCAAUGAAGAGCGUUUCACUGGGUUUGCUGCAUACUAUGUUGCAGUAGAUAUUAAUGAAUGCACAGACUUUGCAGAUGCCCCUUGUAGCCACUUCUGCAACAACUUCAUUGGUGGUUACUUCUGCUCCUGCCCCCCAGAAUACUUCCUCCAUGAUGAUAUGAAAAAUUGUGGAGUUAAUUGCAGUGGGGAUGUGUUCACUGAACUGAUUGGGCAGAUCACAAGUCCCAAUUAUCCUAAUCCAUAUCCAGAGAAUUCAAGGUGUGAAUAUAAGAUCCUGUUGGAGAAGGGUUUCCAAGUGGUGGUAACUGUGCGGAGAGAAGAUUUUGAUGUGGAACCAGCUGAUUCAGAGGGCAACUGCGUUGACAGUUUAGUUUUUGUAGCAAAAGACCAGCAGUUUGGUCCUUACUGUGGAAAUGGAUUCCCUGGGCCACUAAAUAUUGAAACCCAUAGUAAUGUUCUUGAUAUCAUCUUUCAAACUGACCAAACAGGGCAGCAAAAGGGCUGGAAACUUCGUUAUCAUGGAGAUCCAAUCCCCUGUGCUAAAGAAUUCACUGCCAAUUCUGUUUGGGAGCCUCAGAAGGAAAAAUAUGUGUUCAAAGAUGUGGUGAUGAUAACCUGUCUGGAGGGGUUCGAAGUUGUACAGGGAAGUGGUAGCUUGAGACAUUUCUAUUCUACUUGUCAAAGCAAUGGAAAGUGGAGUAAUUCCAAACUGAAGUGUGAACCUGUGGACUGUGGCUCUCCUGAUCCCAUUCCAAAUGGUAAAGUCGAAGAACCAGAAGAUACUUUAUUUGGUUCUGUUGCUCGCUACACUUGUGAGGAGCCAUAUUACUACAUGCAGAAUGAAGAAAGUGGAGAGUAUCACUGUGCCGGAAACGGGAGCUGGGUGAAUGAUGUGCUGGGCACAGAGCUGCCACAAUGUGUUCCAGUCUGUGGAAUUCCCAGUAAACCCUUGGAAGGAACACAGAGGAUAUUUGGAGGGUCUCCUGCAUUUAUUGAAAAUUUCCCCUGGCAAGUCUUCUUUGCACACCCACGGGCUGGUGGGGCUCUCAUUGAUGAGUAUUGGGUGCUGACAGCUGCGCAUGUUGUGGAGAAAAACCGGAACCCAGAAAUGUAUGUUGGGUCUACCUUAGUGAAUCGUGAAAGACUGACAAAUUCCCAGAUGCUCAUUCCUGAACGUGUGAUUAUUCAUCCGGGUUGGACCUCCCUAGAUGACCCGGACACACGGAAGAAUUUUGACAAUGACAUUGCGCUGGUACGGCUUAAAGACCCAGUGAAAAUGGGACCCACUGUGUCCCUUAUCUGCCUGCCAGGCAACUCCUCAGAGUACAACCCCUCAGAGGGAGCCAUUGGACUGAUUUCAGGCUGGGGCAGAACAGAAAAUAAAAAUAUUGUUUUACAGCUCAGAGGGGCAAGGCUACCCAUUGCUCCUUUACAAAAGUGCAAGGAGGUGAAGGCAAAAAAAUCGGGAGUGGAUAUAAAAACCUUCGUUUUUACUGAUAACAUGAUCUGUGCUGGAGAUCAGAAAGGUGUUGAUAGCUGUGAAGGGGACAGUGGUGGGGCCCUUGUUCUACCAGACCCCGAUAAAAGUAAUCCCAAAUUCUAUGUAGCUGGCUUGGUGUCCUGGGGCCCACAAUGUGGGACCUACGGGAUCUACACAAGAGUGAAGAACUACAUUGACUGGAUAAAGAAGACUAUGCAGGAAAAUAAUACCCCCAGUACAGACUAAUCCACACGUAUUCCACCAGCCUUUCCAAGGGCUAGGACCAAUCUGUUGCUUUCUGUCCUUCAUAGAGCUUGGGUGUAGGGUAUACAUGGCUGGAGGUGGUGUUUGAUCAUGACAUAGUAUUGAUCGUUCAGCGUGAUCUAAAUCUGUGGAUAACAACAUGAGAAGGGCACUGCUAUCUUGCACUAUUCCAUAGGGAGUCUCCUUUCUUGAUAAUUACCUGGUGUUACAGUUCUGACUCUGAAAUUUAUUGUUGGGCAUACCCUUGAUUUAUUUGUUUCCCUUUCAUCUGUCCAAAGUUCUACUUACUUUAUCAUUCUCAAUGUCUACUAUCUACUUGUAAUAAAGCAGGUUUAUAACCCA